CCGCUUAAAGCUGCAAGAUGGCAAGGAGAUGGGCUUUGUGUCUGGGCUCCCCUGUCUACAGUGGCCAACUCCACCCCACCUUUGCCUUCCUUGAAUUCAGAAGCAGCAACUUCCCUAAUGCAGGAACAAAUCAACACACUAAUGCUACAACACAUGAUAAUUUGUGGGUGUGCCAAUUGUUCUGGCCUUGUUCUGACGCUUGUAGAAAUGGAUGGAAAGAAGCACUAGCAAGAUCCUGUACUAGGAAGCCUCAAGAGGAAUGCCUAUGUCUCUCUGUGUGCACAGGGGACGGACAGAACUUGGUAACCGAAGACGUGACCGUAGUAGAGGGAGAGGUUGCCACCAUCAGCUGCAGAGUCAAAAACAGUGACGACUCCGUGAUUCAGCUCUUGAAUCCCAACAGGCAAACUAUUUAUUUCAGAGACUUCAGACCCUUGAAGGACAGCAGGUUUCAGUUAGUGAAUUUCUCCAGCAGUGAGCUCAGAGUGUCACUGACCAACGUCUCCAUUUCGGAUGAGGGAAGAUACUUCUGCCAGCUCUACACGGACCCUCCACAGGAGUACUACAUGACCAUUACGGUGCUCGUCCCGCCACGUAACCUGAGGAUUGAAUCCCAGAAGGACUCCGCGGUGGAAGGAGAGGAGAUUGAGCUGAACUGCACAUCGAUGGCCAGCCGGCCAGCCACAAUGAUCAAAUGGUUCAAAGGCAGCAAGGAGCUCUUUGGCAAAACAGAAGUGGAGCAGUGGUCAGACAUGUACACGGUGACCAGCCAGCUCUUACUAAAGGUCAAACGGGAGGAUGAUGGGGUCCCAGUUGUCUGUCAGGUAGACCAUCCUGCCGUUAAAGACUUGCAGACCAAGUACUACCUUGAUGUAAUGUAUAAGCCUGAAGUACAAGUUUUGCAGAAUUCUCCUCCGCAGCCGCUCACAAGGGAAGGAGACCUGCUUGAACUCCUGUGCCAAGUCAAAGGGAAACCAGAGCCUGUUGAUGUGACGUGGUUAAGAGUCGACGAUGAGAUGCCCCAGCACGUUUUGGUGUCAGGGUCAAACCUCCACAUUGACAGCCUAAACAAAAGCGAUAACGGCACAUACCGUUGUGAGGCUUCCAAUCAAGUGGGGACGGCCUUUUCUGAUUACACGCUUUAUGUAUACGAUCUUCCCACAACUCUCCCUCCCACCACCUCCCUUUCUACCAUCACCACCAUCUCCACCAUCUCCACCACCAUCGCCGCAGACACAACGGCGGCGACAGAACCGGCAGUUCACGGCUUUACUCAGUUGCCCAAUACUGCCGAAGAGCUGGACUAUGGGGAUCUCUCAGAUUCUCGAGCAGGAGAAGAGAGCGCCAUCACGGCGGUGGACCAUGCAGUGAUCGGAGGAGUCGUGGCUGUGGUGGUCUUUGCAAUGCUGUGUCUCCUGAUCAUCCUGGGGCGGUACUUUGCAAGACACAAAGGUACAUACUUCACCCAUGAAGCCAAAGGAGCUGACGAUGCAGCGGAUGCCGACACUGCGAUCAUCAAUGCCGAGGGGGGACAGAACAACUCUGAGGAGAAGAAGGAAUACUUCAUUUAGAGCCACCUUGUUCCAGGAGAUGUCCAACGGCGGGGCCGAGGGAGGUCCCGGCCCUUCCAAGAAGAUAAAGACAAUGAUGUUGGAAGUUGCUACCAGCUUACAGCUUUUUUAAUUUGUCUCUUUGUGUGUCUUUCUUUCUUUCUUUUUCUUUUUCUUUCUUUCUUUUUCUUUUCUAAAUUUAUGGCUGGCAAAAUGUGUGGGAGUUGAGGAGUCCCAACGUGAAAAGUGUUCUUUGUAAAGUACACUCUGCUGUGUGACACUUCUGUAUCAUUGGGUUGUUAAUUUUCUGGCCAAGUUCGGCUUGGAUUUAUUUAGUUCCAUCAUUUACAGAAAAUUCUGUGCCUUGUUUUAUUUUUUAUUUUAUUGGAGGGAGGGGAGGAGGGAGGGGGAGAGAACCUACAGUUUCAUACAGUUUUUACUUUUUUUUUUUUUCUUCCUAGCCUUUCUUGGAAUUGUCUGCUGGGAUCCCUUGGCAAGAGAUUUGGGCUGGUUGGUUGUUAUUUUUUGUUUUUUUUUUUUAACUCUCCUUCUGUUUGGUUUCAUUGGUUUUCUCUUCUUCUACUAUUUCUUCUUCUUUUCUUUUCUUUUUUUUUUUGUUUGAGAUUCUAGGUUCUAUUUUGUUGUUGUUGUUUGAAACUGUGUCAUCAAAGGAGAACCAGCACACCUUAGAUUUCAUUGUUUGAAACUGAGUGUAUCCAUCAUCCAUCCUAAUCCCUUGUUGUGAGAGCUUGGACCAAUAGGCUUUGUAGGAGGAGGGGCAGCCGCAGCCCCAGUUUCCAGUGAGCAAAGACGAGCGAGUGCCUGGGCUGCUUCUGCUUCUGAGCGAGCCCAGAAGAGCGCUCACCUGAGCCCCUGCGAGCAAAGUGUGUGCCUAGGGAGCCAAACCUCCUUUCCUUCCGUGCUUUUCCCCACUCCAGGGUGUCUGGUCAGCCUGCAGAUGCCUUGUCCAGGAUCUUCCCCAAAACGGUUGCGAUGGAUGGGGGCAGAUCCUUCGGGGACAGCAGGCACAGCCAACUCCUACGAGGGGGAGGAAAGGUUGAGUUUGGCUCCGAUUAUUUUGGUUCCCAAAGGUCCCGUCAAUGGCUCCCAAUUUGCCCUAGCAUCGCUGUAAUUUGCUGGAGACAGAAAACUCUGUGAAUCGGCCAACUUGUCCCCUUUUGCUUUUUCAUACAUUUUUUCCUCCCUGUUUUUGUUCUGCUUAUUCUUUCGGCCUUGUUUUAUCCCAUCUUCCCAGAGGUGUGAUCUCGGCCCGCAGACCCUGCAGGUGACCCAUAUUGGGCACCCUGAGCCACCGAGGCAGAGGUUGGGUAAAGCCUGCCAAGUCUUCAGACGUGAUUGUCGGAUAAAAGGCGGGGGGGGGGGGAGCGUGGAAGAGAAGCAGGCCUUGCUCCCUGGCUGGACGCGCCUGUGCCUCUGUCCCCGGGACAGAGGCACAGGUGGCUGGCGCAGAAGCUUUUCAUUUACUUAAUCCAAAAUUUUUAGGCUGAGUGGGUGUGUGCAAGACAGAGAGAGAGAGAGAGAGAGAGGUUAUUUUCUUUUUCCUUUUCCCUGACUACUGCUUCCAAAUGGAGACUUGGUUCCCUUCUCCAGGCUUAACCUCCACCUACCCGUAAUUUCUCAAUCUUUGCCUGGUGGCGGUAAUAGCAAUGAGAUCACUAACACUAAGUUUUCUUGAUGGUUGGAAAUCUGGAGCUCUGGGAGAGCAGCUUUCUUUUCUUCCCCAAGGCUGGAAAUGCAGGCCCCUCCCUCUCGGAAAGCCCAGGAGGAGGAGGAGGGAGGAGGCAUCUCAUAGCUCCAAAGGGGAGAGUCAUCGAGGGCAGUGUUUCUCAGCCUUAGCAACUUUAAGACAAAUGGACUUCAACUCCCAGAAUUCCCCAGCCAGCAGUGCUAGCUGAGGACUUCUGGGAGUUGGAGUCCACCUUGUCUUAAAGUUGCUAAGGUUAAGAAACAUUGGUCGAAGAAAACUGGGUCUCUCCGGGAAGAAUCCACAUGGGAAGCACAGUUGGCUCACAGGGAAGCACUUAAAGGACAUGGACUGAUAGAUUUGUAUGGCUAUCCUGUUAUAUACUUGCAAAGAUUUAUGGCGGGGCGGGGGGAGAGAGAAGCUAUCAUCUCUUUAUGUCAACUUUUUUUUAAAAGAAAGGCUUUUGAAAAUAUUUAUUUUUAAAUUAUUGGCAGAAACAUUUAGACGUUAACCUUUUGCUGAAGAAUUUGGCACGCGAAACCCGUCCUUUUUAAAAGAACCUUCCCAUCUUCCCUCGCCCAACCCUCCCCCCACCUUGCCAUCCUUAAGCCAUGAACCCAAACCCGGACUUUGGCUGCCCCCCGUCCAGUUUUGCGCCACGCCAUCUUGUUUCUCAGCCUUCGGAACGCUGGAAAUCCCAGCCGGGCACCUUGGCAGGCAGGCCAUGGACAGCUUCUGAACGCGCUUCAAGACGGAGGGGGGCUUUUUUUUUACCACCACCGAUCCCAGAACUGGCACAUCCUCUUCGCUGAGCGGCUCAUCUUUGUUUUGGAAAGUGUACAGUAGUGCCGUGUUCCCGAUGUAACUUUGACUUAAUACUGUUGAGAUGUCUCAGGUUCACGUGUUUUGAUUGGUGUUUCCGUCUCAGGUAGAUUGCAAACUUUUUGGAUCCCACACCUUGGAAGAGACCGCAAGGAACAACCCCACCAGGGAAGGGUGGGUGGUGAUCCUCCAUCGCCUGGAAAGGAGGCUCUCUUGAGGAGGAGGAGGGGGAGGGGAUUGUUCCUGCAAGUGUACUGUGCACUGUUUGAAAUGUAUUGUUAGCUAUUGAUUUGUGCAGGCUUAGAUUCAAAGAGUUAGGAGUUGAGAAAGAACAAACUUGUUUCUUGGGCGUUGGUCAUUUGGAUGUGGUUUUAUUUUUUUCCCCUUUUCCUUUUUCUUAAGUCAAAACAAAAGAGAAAGUUGAGGAGGAAAAUGAAGGGUGCGUAGUUAAUGCCAAAUAAGCUUGUUCUUGACUCACCCUUUGACUUGUUUUCAUUUUGCCCCCUUAGGCCGAUUCUGUUUAAGGUGUACAUGGAUGAUGUUACAGUGUAAGAUAACGCAUAACCAUCUCUUCCCAUUCACAUUUUGUAUUGGUUCAUGUAUGCCAUUUUUACAAAGAGAAAGAAGUACUAUAAAGUAUCUGUCUUCUUAAUAAAAACAAAUUAAUGUUACAAAACUA